AUGGCUAAACCAGUGUCUAUCGCGUCUUCAGAACAGUUCUUCCAGCUGCUCACCUCUUCAAAGAUCCUUGUUGCGGAUUUUUACGCCGAUUGGUGUGGACCAUGCAAGACCAUCGCCCCGGUUUAUGAGCAGUUAUCCGCGCGCUUCUCGCGUCCGAAUGAAGUCACGUUUACGAAGGUCAAUGUUGAUCAACAGCAAGAGAUAUCCGGGGCCUUCUCAGUUACUGCGAUGCCCACGUUUCUGAUCUUCAAGGAUGGUGACCUUGUCAAAACAAUCAAGGGCGCAAAUGCACAAGGCCUUACCAGUGCAGUGGCAGAAUUUGCUACAGCUAGCGAGGGCGGAAACGCAGCAGCUGAUAGCGAAUCUUCCGAAACUGGCGCCAUGUGGUUGGGAGCAGCCACCCCCAAGAGCUACCAAGACAUCACCGAGAACGUGGAGGUGAAGGACAUAGAUUUACUCAAUUGCGACAACGACAUUGCGCCCGGCAGGGUCCUCUUCGGGAAGUCGCAACCUUCCGCUCUACGACCAAAGGCCAAGGAGGAGGGCAAGCCCGACUGGGUAGAGAGUGACGCGGACGAACAGUUGAUGCUGUUUAUGCCAUUCCAGGCUUCGUUGAAGAUUCACUCGUUACAUAUCACCUCCCUCCCUCCGAAAGAUGGGGAUGACGAAGUUCCCAUGCGCCCAAAGACAAUCAAGUUUUAUACCAAUCGAUCACAUAUCAUCGGGUUUGACGAAGCAGACGAUAUCCAGCCGACACAGGAGAUCACGAUUGCGCCAGAAGACUGGGACGCGAAGACGGGUACUGCCGUGGUGGAGUUGCGCUUCGUGAAAUUCCAACGAGUCUCGUCCGUGGUUGCAUAUUUCGUGGAUGGGGAUGGGGAUGGAGACAAGAUUCGGCUGGAUAGGUUAAGAUUAUUUGGUGAAUCAGGCGAGAAGAGGGAAAUGGGGAAGCUGGAGAAAUUCGGAGAAGCUGGAGGAGAGUAA